AUGGGAAUGAAUAAUGAUCAACCACCAGAUUUGUCAGCAAAUGAUAGGGGAAUGCCUGCUGAACGAGGAAGAGGAGGAGGAAUGUCAACUCCUGGAAUUGGGAGGGGAAUGCCUCCAGGAAAUGGAAGAGGUUUGCCUCCUGGGCGUGGAGGAGGAAUGCCUGCUUCUGGACGAGGAAGAGUUGCCUCUGGUGGUAAUGCGGAAGCAAUUGGCACAAGAUCAAUGCGAGUAUAUGACAAUUUUUAAU